UGCCGCUACGCGCCUACGACGUAGCGACACUUUUGGUCGUACGUUGUUCGAACUUUUGCAGUAUUUGCGACACUGUGCCAACUGUGGAUUUUACAACCGUGUAUAUUUAAACUUAGGGUUUUACAACAGUGUAUAAUUAAACUUAGGGAUUUUUGAAAGUGUGUAUAGUUUUCUGAACAUGUUUGUUUUUGUGUUAGAAUGUUACGCGAAUGUAUCGAAUUGCCGAGCACACUCAUGGUUGGUGUAAGGUGUGAGAUGGAAGUCUGCAGGUAAGGACGGAAGGCGGGCGUGCCGCCCCGUCCGCGCCCGCCCAUGGCAUCUGCUCUACAUAUAAGGUGGCUGGUGCGGUGUGUGGUCGCGUUCUCGGCGUGGACGGUCAUCGGGCAGGCGAGGCCGCUGACCUCCAACCUCGUCCCGUCCUGUCCCACUGAGUGCAUCUGCCUAUCACAGUCGCAGGUGGUGUGCAACAGCGCAGCGCUGCGCGGCGUGCCGUCGGCGCUGGGGUCGAGCGUGAUGCAGCUGUCGCUGUCGCGCGCGGACCUGCGCGUGCUGCGCUCCGACGCCUUCGCCCACCUGCGCCAGCUGCGCCGCCUCACGCUCGACGCCUGCAACCUCACCCGCAUACGUCCCUUCGCCUUCCGCGGCCUGCCCCGCCUCGACGAGCUUUACAUCCAGCACACUCCCCUCGCCACCGUCGACGCCUUCGCUUUCGCGGCCCUCCAGAACAUCUCCUCCAUCGUCCUCACGCACAAUAAAAUCGCCCAGAUAGAGGGGUACGCGUUCGCCGGAACCAAUUUUAUUAAGCUGAUUUCGCUGCGGAACAACCCCAUAAAGAGGGUCUCGGCCCACGCAUUUUCCGGGCUGAGCGAAGUCACUCAGAUCGAGCUCCCCUCCGGAAUUCGAUCCAUCGAGCCGCAGGCCUUCGCGGGACUGGAGGGCGUCGGGGUCCUGGAGCUCGCCUACAUGGACCUGCCGGCCCUCCUGCCCGACACGUUCUUCGGGCUCCUGCGCGUCGGCCGCCUGUCGCUCCGGGAGUCUGACCUCGGGGUGGUGAAGGUGGGAGCUUUCGACGGGCUGCGGCGGGUGGAGACCCUCGAGAUGUGCAACAACAAAAUAGACGGCAUCGAGGAGCUGGCGCUGGUGCAGAACAACAGCGUAGCCACGUUCAAGAUGACCGGAAACCACAUGCUCGAGAACCCCGAGCUGGUCGUGCUGGAGGUCGAAAAUAUCGUCAUACGAGGCAACCACCUGCCGUGCGAGUGCGGACGAGACCCUCUAGCCAAUCCGCUGGCGCUGACUCCGGAUUUCGCGGAGGAGAAUCAGUGCAUAUCGCCGCUGAAGGUUCGCGGUCGGAGCCUGGCGAGCGCGACGGCGGCGGUGUGUCGCGGGGAGGUGGGCGGCAGCGCCCGCGCGCGCGCUUCGGCCGGAGCCGCCCGCCGCGGUGCGCACCUCGCCCGCCGCCUACUUCUGGCGCUGGCGACGAUCGCUUACCUCGUGACCGGCUGA